AUGGAUACGAAUGGAUACGAGUGUGUUUUGUGUGCUCGUAAUGCAAGUGGCUAUGUCCAUGGAAACUUUGAUAGUUUUCGUCAUCAUAUACGACAUAAUCAUGGAACUAGGUACCUUGAAGAAUGCAUACGUCGUGUUCCGCUUCAACAGUUGAAGAAAGAAAGCAUCGGUGAUCACUAUCUUAAAGUGGACUAUAUUCCCAUCGCUGAAAGAGAUGGAGAAAAACUCUCAAUGACGAAAAUUGAUUCUUCUAUAGGACACACGGAGAAUACACAUGCUCCAGAUCUUUUGAUCCAGCAACUGAAGUGGACGACAUUAGCCAAGGAAUUCAAUUACAAUCGCAAUAUAAUGAGUUCCGGUACAGGUGACUUGACUGACUGGGAUAUAGUUGUGAGAGAGUUGAAUCAUUACUACUUUCAGGGAUUCCAUGGCUAUGUCCAUGGAAACUUUGAUAGUUUUCGUCAUCAUAUACGACAUAAUCAUGGAACUAGGUACCUUGAAGAAUGCAUACGUCGUGUUCCGCUUCAACAGUUGAAGAAAGAAAGCAUCGGUGAUCACUAUCUUAAAGUGGACUAUAUUCCCAUCGCUGAAAGAGAUGGAGAAAAACUCUCAAUGACGAAAAUUGAUUCUUCUAUAGGACACACGGAGAAUACACAUGCUCCAGAUCUUUUGAUCCAGCAACUGAAGUGGACGACAUUAGCCAAGGAAUUCAAUUACAAUCGCAAUAUAAUGAGUUCCGGUACAGGUGACUUGACUGACUGGGAUAUAGUUGUGAGAGAGUUGAAUCAUUACUACUUUCAGGGAUUCCAGUAUCUGGAAAAUAUGGGUUUUCGUACCAAGCAGCUAUUCGUGGUGAUGAAAGCUACAGUGCUUACACUCCGUUAA